UCCGACGCCCCGUGAGAACUAGCUCAGCCGACCACCGCUAUCCCCGCGCAGGCGCCCUCUGUUUACGAGUCUCGAUGAUCGCGGCAUUUUCAAUCGUCGCCCGCAACGUGCGCAUAUAUUCCUGACGCCAAAAUGUUCCUCCGCCUCUCUCUAAAAUCGCGCGUCGUACGGCUAGAACGCGCCUUUGUUCUUCAAAACGUUCAACCAAGACCUCGACGAUACGAAUCUCCACUGCAUCGUUCACAUGUCGCUCGACGUGUUCGAAAACCACAUUCUGGCGAAUUACUCAAGUGACAAGGCAGCGGACAAACCCCACGCGGACAAGUACCUAGGACUGCUGUUUCUCACAGAGUCGUACCGAAUAUACGGAUACCUCACUGUCUCGUUGGUGAAAAUGGUCCUCGUGCUCAGCGACCUUUCCAACGCGAAGAGCCACGACAUUAAAAGGCUCUUCGGAGGGGCCCACGCCCUCUACGUAGACGCAAUCUGCAACCCGUUCUACGAGAUGGGCAGCAGGAUCACCAGCAGACAGUUCGCGAGGAAAAUAGGCUCGCUGGUGCUCGCCAGUACCUGAACGUCGCCUCCGAUCGAAGCGACGCGAUCGGCGCCAAACGGCACUUUAAAAAAAAAAAUAAAAGACUUUCAAGA